GAGCGCGAUGAUAUAAACGCGGACAGUUUGUUAGUUAGGUGAAGAUGUUAGAAGGAAGUGCUUCCAAUGACGAAGUGAAGAAGACGUUGCCUCCUAAACAAACAUUUUUGUCACUCUCUUGGGAUUACUUUAAGUUGUUUCUGACAUGCGCCUCCAUUUACGGCGUAGGAUAUUUUCGACUUAGCACUACCUGGGUCUUGGUCGGGUCGCUUGGAUACUUCGUUUUGCAACAUACUAGAAAUAAGCAGUCAAGGUUAAUAAGCUCACUUAAAGCCAUUGGAGAAGACGAAAAAGCAUUCAUAAUCCAAAAUUUUACCGUAAGAGAUCUUCCGUCUUGGGUUUACUUUCCAGAUGUUGAAAGAGCGGAAUGGCUAAACAAAGUUAUUAAACGAAUGUGGCCAUCCAUUAGUGAGUACGCGAGAGAUAUUAUCGUUGCAUCUAUCGAGCCUGUCGUUGCACAAAAUCUACCAACUGCACUAACACCUUUUAAUUUUGCUACUAUUGACUUAGGUGACACGCCCCCUAGAAUCGGUGGAGUGAAAGUUUAUAUGAAUGAAAACAUCAGGAAGGACGAAAUCGUUAUGGACCUAGACCUUAUGCUAUACAGUGAUGCUAGAAUCAAAGUAAACUUAGGAAAAGUCAAGGCGGGAGUGAAGGAGUUUGAGCUGCGUGGUACACUACGUGUCGUUAUGAAGCCUUUAGUUCCAAAAGUCCCGUUCGCUGGUGCGGUUACUGUGUGCUUUCUGGAUAGUCCAGUCAGUAAUUAUUGGUAUAUUUCUUUAGUUUCUGUACAAUUGCAAACUUGUAGUAUUCUAUAUGCAAUCACGAAUAAGUUGUUUAGACACCGCCUUUUGACAGUUUGGCUCAUUCUGUUUUUUUUUAUUAACAACCCAAUAACGCCUUAGGAAUUUACCCUGUAUCUAGCUGAAAAUAGUUUUAGCUUAACCAUCUUCUCUUUAACCACUAUAUUUGAAGCUGACUAGUACAAUUUAGUCGGAAGUCAUAAUUGAGAAAAGGACUACUAAAGGAAAUCCAUCCACGUUUAGCAGUGUUAAGUCCAGUUCAUUUCAAACACCAUAAGUCGACCUCACUGGGCUCUAUAAUGAUACAGUUUUAUAUAUUGGUAUGCUUUUGUGAAGAAAAUGAAUACGCUACCUUAAAAUCAUCCGCCAACAGAAAAAGUUUACACACGCUGAUUCAGUCUUAGUUAUCGUUUAUAGAAGCUAUAAAGAGCACAAGACCUAAGACACCUUGCCAUACACCACCCGCGACCAAAUGGGGUGCCGACAAAAGGAAUUUCGUUCCAUCUUCUUGAAUGUUUAUGACGGAGAAAAGAUUCAAGGCACCUACUCACUGAAUAUUUGAUGCCGAGAUACUAGUCUUCCGUUAAGAAACUGAUAUCCGAGAUUAAGUCCAAAAAAAUGGGAAGUUAAAAGAGUCAAAGUUACAAUUUACCCAAGAUUUAAAUUUAAGGAAACCAUAUUACUAAUUAGUUAUAUGUUCCUUAGCUAGUAAACAACCGGAAGUUUCUUGACGUUCAAUUCUUUUCUAUUAAUCUAUAGCUUUCCACAUGCCUGUAUUUGUGCAAGUCAUUCUUAUCUCGAGAUUCGAAACAAUAAUGUAUAUAUUGUUUCUAGCUGUUAUGAUAUAUGCUUACUUUCCGAGAAGUUUAAACAGUUUUAGUAGACGUACUAGAAUAUCAGGUCCGGUACAAAUGAAGUAAAUGGAUGCGAUUUUUAUUAUUCUACGGUUUCUUAAAACCUUAACGUAGGUUAUGGCAUUACCGAUUUGGAAGUAAGUUAAGGAAAAUAUUGUUUGUAGUUAAUACUUUUGUGUAUAACUUCUGAUCUUAUGUUAUCUGAAGGUUCAUAAUUAAUUACAAGUAUAGUACUGGAAACGUUGGCAAUUGUCUUGGUGUCGUUUAUAAAUGCACCGUCAUUCACAACGCAAGGAUUAUUUGUAUUUUAUGACUCAUUAUUUAUUGAAUAGAAAAAUAAGUUAUGUACUCUGAUGCUACCGUUUAGUACUAAUAACUCUUCGUUAAUAUCUUCUAAUCUAUAAGCUUCUUUAAUUUGGCUGAAAACUACAGUAGCUGGAAAGGUGCUACAUAACUCUGGCUUAUCACAAGUAUCAUGAUCAACAAAAUUUCGUAUAUUAAAAUUCAAGAUCUCAUUAGCCUUCGUUACCAUCAAAUACUAAUUCUGAGACUAUCAGUUUGAAUUAGAAGUUGAUUGGCGACAAAAUUCAUAGGGAAAUUAAGUUAUAUUUAUUUGUCAUGUAUAAUUAUUACUUCGAUUCAUAUGAAUAAAUACAUAAAAAUUUACUAAGUUUACCAAAUCAGACUGUCCUAUAGGAAUUAUGGAGAUAGAGAGAAGCUCCUGUAAUUUGGACGUUCAAAUCACCAUUAUAUUCUUUAUUUAAAAAAGAAAUGCUCCAUAAUGAUUCUUUCCGUAGACAGUAAAAAAUAUAUUUGGAAUUAGUAAAUCAAACGAGUUUACGAUCAGCAUUAUAUUAUUCAACAAAUCCUCAUUAAAAAUUUAUAAAUUUAUUCACUAGACAUUAGCUACUCAUACAUUCCUUUCCUCAACUCGUCAUUACAAAGUGACUUCACACAUACCAUGUGGGAAAUGUAUCAGCUUGGUAAAUCUCUUUUUCUGUGUUGUCUAUUAUUUAUGGAAAUAUCAGUCAGUAACAUUCAUUUUUCAUUUGAAUUUUAGUAUAUCAAUUUCUCUUUAACUGAUAUGGGAAAUAUCCUGGGACUCCCUGGUUUGCAGUGGGUUUACUCUAAUAUGUUAUUUUUUCUAGUUUUCUUACUUUAUAUUGUUAUUCUAUUAUGAGACGUUUUCAGAACACUUAAUUAUACGUCCUUUAUUGUACAUUUGACUCUGCAUAUGAAUGAGUUGCAGUAGUCUGAACAUUGGCUUACUGACUAUCACCAUCCUUCUACCGUCAAUAAAUUUCUGUACACAAAAGCAUGUACUAACGUUUCAUAAUCGUAACAUGGUCAAGGUAUUGAAUGUUGGAUUUGAGAGGACGAACAGUUGUUUGGUUACUUCGAGAUCUCCAGCGCUGGUAGUCGGCAUGAAUUCGACACAAACAUUGAACACAGUACUUCGUAAUGUUGUCAACCAGUUGGUCGUCCUCCCAAAUCGUUUACCGGUUCAACUGGUUCCUGAUAUUGACAUACAGCGUUUGAAAUAUCCAUUACCUCAAGGCGUUCUUCAUAUCAAUAUCAUAUCUGGUCGGAAUCUUAAAGCAGGUGAUAAAAAUGUGAUUGGACACCGUACAUCUGAUCCAUAUUGUGUUAUACGAGUUGGCGCUAGAACGUUCACUACUUCUGUUGUUAAAGAAACACUAGAACCAGUUUGGAACCAACAUUUUGAGUCUAUCGUCGAUAUUUGUCAUGGUCAGUCAGUAACAUUUGAAGUAUACGAUAAAGAUCAAGGGAACAAAGAUGAUUAUUUAGGUUGUACUUCGAUACCAGUUGAGUCGGUAGUCAGUGAAGGUGAAAUAGACACGUGGUCCUCAUUAGAAGGGGUAAAAACUGGUUCAUUACAUAUUCAAUUAACGUGGUUUCGACUGUCAAAUCAUGAAGUGGAUUUUGUACAGGCUUUACAGUAUCGUAAAGCAUCCGGACGAAGUAUGAGUUCAGGAUUUUUAUACGUUGUUAUUGAACAAGCGAAUAAUUUGCCACACGUAAAACAACUACAAGAACCUUCACCAUUUUGUAAUAUCCAUCUAGGACGUGAUUAUCAAACAAACGAAGUUAAAGAAAAAACACAAAAUCCUGUUUGGAAUUCCGUACAUCAUUUUCUUGUUAGUGAUCCAAACGUUGAUAUACUUCAACUUAUUAUACGUGAUAGUCGGACGGAGACAAAACUAGGAUCUUGUAACAUCUCACUACAAACCUUAUUAACACAGAAGAAUAUGUCUGUCACGCAACCAUUCACCUUACAAGAUACAGGUCGAGAAACAUCAACCAUUUACAUGCAUUUACAACUGUUGGCUUUACUUCCUGGACAACGCCAAAAUCCAAGCGGGCAUGAUAAUACCAAUAUAAAACGGAGUUUAUCCCUGAAUAAGAAUUGUACUGAUAAUACUAUCCCAACUGAAAAACCUGCAGAAUCCCCCACAGGAAAUCCAGAAAUGGUUGUGAGAAAUCGUUUUCCUGAUGAUAAUGAUAUUAUUUCUUCCACAGAAUCUUUAUCAACAACAAACUUCGAUAAUCAGUCUGUUCAGCCAAUUAGACAAGUGAUGACUAGUAAUAGUAUACAACAAAUAAGCAAUUCGUCACUGGGUCGUAUUCGUUUAACUAUCCAGUUUCAUUGUCUAUCGAACUAUUUAGAAGUAACAGUACAUGAAUGUCAACAUUUAAGCGGUGUUGAUAAAGACGGUCUAUCUGAUCCAUAUGUAAAACUUUAUCUUAUGGAUUUACACGACAAUGUGGUCAGUGAUUCAAAAAAGACUAAAACUGUUAAAGAUAAUUUGGAUCCAAAGUACGAAGAAAAUUUUCAGUUUCCGAUUGAGGCUGACCACCUUCCAUUAACCAUUCUAAGGCUGGAUAUCAAAAAUCAUGUUGGGCGUUUUACACGUAGUGGAAAAACGCAUUUCAUCGGAACUUUGUCGAUAAAUCUUAUUGAUUCAGUAGACGGGAAAGCUGAUACUAAGUGGUACGACUUGGGGUCACCCAUUUUUCGACCAUAACUUCGUGUUUUCUUGUUCGAUAUACAUGCAACUAUUGUCUCUAUGUUAUUUGGUCUUUAUUCAUCUUGCACACUCAAUGUCUGCAGUAUUCUUUAAUGAUAAUUAGUUACUUCCAUAAACUGUUGUCUCUAUUUCUAUUCAAUAAGUGUGAUUUAUUUUAAUUUUUGCUUUUCUGUGUAUUUACCUUCGCUAAGAAGCAUGUAUAUUUAUAUUUUCCAUAAUAUCAUAUUUUUAUAAAGAAUAAUUGUUAAUGGUUUCUAUUUACAACUCUGAAAGUGUAUGAAAUUUUAUUCUAUGACCUACUACUGAACGUUCAUUUUUGCUUAUUUAUUUCAUGUUGCCAUGUGCGUCAUACUGUAAUCUUCAUUUAGAUUCUUUGCUUUUUGAGUUGCAUUAUUUUUUUCACAUCCAUAGUGAUAUAACCGCCAUUACUGCUACAUCGAAAAUUUACCUACCUAGAAAGUUGUGGCCUAUUUAACUAAUAUAUUUCUUGUGUUGAAUAGUCUUUUGUGCUUAGAUUUACUCAUACUUUGAAAAUAGAAUUUCUUUUCCAUAGAGUUCAGUGGAGAUUGUAGGUUGAACUUACUUUUUUUUGUGUUUCUCGGGGUUGACAAAGCUUGUUCUCCAUCAUGUAUUGGUGACUUACGAUGCGAUGGUUAGGUUUAUUAUUAGAGCAGUACUAAAAUUGUAGUAGACCAUAAUUCUACAGGUCUAUACCAACUGAGAUAACUGCGGCACGUAACACGUAUGUCUGUCCACUGUUUCCUUUGGUGUACGAUGAUAAAUGUUGUAGGAGUAAGUCAUAAAAAAGAUUUGGAAGACCAUAUCAAAUCGUGGCAUCAGUCCAUAAAUAAGCUAACUGCUGGACUGAGCCGUGCACUCAGAUACAGAUUGCUUCGUCAGUGUGUUUCUUACAUUCUGUAUUUAGAUUUUAUCUUCAAAUGUUUGUGUUUGAUAAUCUUCGAACUCAGAGAACUAAUACACGGUAAGCAUCUAUGUAUAAUGGUCCUGCGUGAGGCUUGUCUUAUUAUAACUGUCAGUGACAAUAUCCACAUGUUUCAAAUGACCGACCCGAUACGGUCAUUAUUGACACAUCAACCCACGCAAAAUCUACAUUACCAGCAUCAGUAACAUACGGUAUAAUGUAAAGCAGUGUGAAGUUUGAUCUUGGAUCCUGACCAUUAUGUGUAUAUUCGAGAUCACCCGAAGCUCCUGCUCCCCUGGGGUGAGUCAACCGCUUCUAAGCUCUUUUUAUUUACCUAUUUCAAACUUAAUCUCGAUAUUAGAAACUAGAUAACAGGAGUAAGCUUAUUUGAAACGCAUCUCAGCUUACCCGCUUCAGACUAGAUGAACACUGCUAUAGGCUGGACUGAACCGAUUAUAGGAGGUUAACGAUUUAUUAGUCUUAUACCUUUUGGAACUAAGCAACCUUGCCUUUGAUUACUUUUUUUAUCCUCAUGAAUGAUUUACCAGUUAUAUGCACACUAUAUAAUAAUCUCUGACUAUGGCAUUUGUAAGCAAUCUGAGGUUUUGUUAACAUUUCAUACACGAAAACUUCUAAGCUAUUCACCGAGCUGAGAUCUAGUUCCCGCAGAUGUAUCAGCAAUAGGCACGUUACUGGAAUGAAUGACAUCACCACAACGUUGCAUGUAGCUGGUCGAACUAUAAAUCAAUACAUAAUAGGCAUACUUAUAAGACAGAAUUUGACAGAAUAACCUGUCAUUUUCGUCUGGUAAAGCAUGCCACACAAUUUUUUGAAGAGCCAGGUUCAUACCACUACUUAUUAUGAACCGGAAUAGUACACAAUCAAAAUAUUGCCACCCUUAGGCUAAGGUCCAAAGAACUUCCCACUAGUUCCUACCGUCCUAACACAGUGCUAUCCAUAAACUAUCUAUCCAUCCAUCACGGCAAAAUAAAAACUUUGAACUGUGAGUCUCUAAAAUCAAGUCACUUUUGAGGCGUCUAAAGUCAUAUAAUCUCCCGGUUUUUAUGUACUUAGACUGAGAGUUCUGAUAGAAUGUGGUGAUCGAUAUUGUCCCCUCUACUCCUUAACUCAAUUGCUCAGUGCAAGAAUGGGUUACUUUCGUUGAAAGGAGUUCGUUUCUACACUCGCACAAAGAAGACGACAAGGUAAAAGCCUACAACUACCAACCGAUUUCGCUGCUAUAUGAAGUUAUAAAUCACCAACGUAGAUGAUCUAUGUCGGAAAGACUGAAGGCCCAUUCGAGUUUGACGUGAAUGAUGUGACAAAG